GAUAAUCAGUCCACGAGCGCAGCUUAGAAGAAUAUAUUGCUGUUAUGUCUGAGAAGCAUUUUAGCAUUGAUUUUAACACCGCUGAGUUAGUCAGCUAUUUAGCAGAGGAUUUCGGGAAGAGAGUGUUAUCAUAUAUUGAAAAUAAUGAGAUUGACGGCAAAUCUUUCCUUUCUCUUACCUGCGAACGUUUGAAGGAUUCGAAUCUUGCAGCCAAGUUUCAGAAAGACUUGCUUGAUAAAGUAACUGAGGUGAAGAGUAGUCUUCCUUUGUCAACGUGCUCUAAACCAUCGGAGGCUAUGGAAGUUGCAAAGCCUGCUGCAAGAAACGUAUUGCAUAUUAUAUUUCAAACGAUUCUUCCUGCUCAUUUGUGGGGAUGGAUAGGAGGAGAUGUCUGUGUUAAGUUUUUAGAAUCUAAAAUGUAUCACCCUCUAGAAAUUAAAAGUGAACCUACAUAUUCAGGAUACAUUCUUUUUCAAGGAAAGGUUUCAGUUUCUAUUGAUACAAUCAAAAAAUGCAAAUUUUGCUUGCUUUAUAAAUAUCAUGUGUCAUCUCUUCUUCUUUCUGAUCCAAAAUAUCAUUGGGAAGAUUUACACUACUUUGAUGAUGCUGUUUCUCGUGUUCUAAAAAUUCCAGAGAAUUUCUUGUAUCCUGAAACUACAUUUCGCCAAUAUGAUGUACCAAUAUACCCUAGAGAAAAGAUCAUUCAUGAAGUGGAGAACCGCCUUGAUGCUGUUGAACAACAUUUGAAAGAAAAAUUUCCUGGCACAUCAACUUAUACACUAGAACCAAAAUUUCCUGCUACUGAUUGUGAUAUGAGGAAUAUAAGCCUAAGGCUUCACUUACAUAAGUUUAAGUGUGAGUUAUUAAAAUGCUCAUUUGCUCUUAGUUCAUCAUUAAUCAAAGAAUUAUAUGAGAAAAUUAAGCUUGUUUAUAAGCAGUUAUAUGACAUAACAGCUCAAGUGGAAAUUGUGGAAUAUGUUUAUGCAAAAAACAAGUCAUUUGUUGCUGAUGGAAAUUUCAUAGAGUGCUUGUCUGACUGGAUAGUUGAUUUGGCAAAAAAAUUGGAGUCCAAGUCUUUAUCAAAUCAUCAGUCUAUUAUUCCUGGCGCAGUUUUUUGUUUGUUACUUUCUGAUUUUGAUAUUGUAGAAAAUUUACCACAAGAUACAUUAAAGUUAUUAAUGAAGUUUCUGUACCUUAAGCCUGAUGAAGAAGGCAACUCUGCUUACAGAAAUCUAUUGAGUUGUUUGUCAAAUAUUGAUUUGAAGAAAGAAUUGCAUAGAUCAGUUGAAAGGCUAUGCCGUCAGUUCAUUAAGCUGAUUCAAGGGAAGAGUAUUGACUGGCUACGAAAUACUCCCCUCCCACUUUACCAUUUUUUACGAGGAAUAAGUGAACCAUUUGUGCCUAUUGAAAUGAAUCUUGAGAUGGAGUGGACUUUUUGGCAAACUAUUAAAGAUAAUAAGCGUAGUUUUCACAAAUAUUUGCAGGAGAAAGAUUCCAGGUUUAAAGAUAUUUACUUGUCUCUUGAAGAUCUAAUGAAAUUUGAUCCAGUUCUGAUGAAAGUUGUUCUUUACUUAUGUCCUGAAGAUCAGUUGCACACUAUCAUUCCUCUUGCACCUCCAUUUUUGAUUACUUCAUAUUUGAUUCAUAUUUACAAAGACAAAGGAAUCAAGGAAAAUGUGGCUUCACUUUUGAAUCUUUGCAUCAAAAACUUGGAAAUAUCUUUAAGUCAGCUGGAAAAGGAGGAAUGGAGAACAAAUGCUGAUAAAUUGUAUCAAAUUUCAGUGAAGUUGAUAGAGAUAGUUUUUAAAAAAAUUCAGUCAACUGAAAAGCAUCAUCAGACAGUUCUUUUUGCUAUUAUUAAUUAUUACCUAUACCUUGUUUCUAAAAUGUAUGAAAAUGAAGAAGAGCCAGAUACAAAGAGUCACAUCAAAAAAAUGCUGGACAUCUUGAUCUCAUGGUUUAAUCAUCAUCAUGUUAUUGGUGGAUCUAGUUUUGGGGGGGCUACAGGUAUUAAGCAGCAAAAAGUUAAGGAAGAGCUUCAGAUUUGGAUAUCGUUAUAUGAGUGUGUGAAAUGUCCUGAAUGCAUUUCAGAUUUAUGGACCCGCCAGCUUAAAGCUCUUUUAGAAGCAAGGACCGAGGAGGUAUCUUCAAACAAAUCAAAAGUCGCUGUUUUUUUAGAAGUAGUUAAACAUGAAAAUUGUCCUGAAGGAAUAGUGGAUAUUUUUAUUGUCACAGCAUUAAAUGGAUUAGCAUCACUUAAAGGAAAUGAGGCUCAAGAUGCUGUAGCAACAUUAAUGAAACAAAAAAAAUAUGUUGCUAAAAUUGGAAAACUUCUUUCUCAGUUCAUUAUGAAGCGACAUGGUGGUCCAUUUGUUCGAAGUGAACUGACUACUGAUGAAUUAUUAAACUGGGAAGUGUGGCCCAACUUUAUUGAACUGUCAGUUCAAAAUGAUCCUGUUAUUGCAGAAAUGACUGGAGAGUCAGUGGCUCUUAUUAAAUGGGCACAUAGCAAAAUAAUUGAUAUUGAAAGUAGUUUAAAAAAUGGCAGCAUUACACUAAACGAACUUAGUCAAUUAGUCAAUGAAAAAGAGAAAACUCAACGUUUAUGGAAAGCUUCUGGUGUUUCAGUUGAUAACAUAUGCUCAUUAGAGACUGUGAUUGUUGCAUUAAAAGAGUAUGUAGAUGUUGUGUCAACAUUAUUUCACAGUUUGCGUCCAUGCUUUAAAGGCUAUGAAAAAAUGAGAGAAGAUUUGUCACGAGAUAGAAACUCUCUUGCAAUAAAUGAAAUUUGUCCAACUUGGGCUACUGGAAAUCGCUGUAUUUUUUUAUUAAGCUCUGAGCUGGGGAAAGAUAGUGCUUUAAUGCAAAAUAUAAAUACUUUUUAUGUGAUGAUUAAGUGUGAAAUUUUUAGAACAAUUUGGUGGACCUAUCAGGAGAAACUAACAGAUAAUAAUUUAUCACAGCAGCAGUUUGUUGAUCUUGUUUGGUCACCAGCAAUUGAUGACAGCCUCAGUUUAAUCAAUAAAUGCUAUGAUGGGUCAGCAAUUGUUUCUGAUGUAGUCAUUUAUUUCCCAAGCUUUGACCAAGAAACAAUCCAAGAUUAUUUAAUGGCUUUGCAGAAAGCAUUGAGCAAUUGCUCUAAAUAUUCUGCAAGGAUCCCUGCAAGAAAUACUUGGAUUCGCGGUGUUUCUAAAAAAAUUAGCACUUACCAGCGUUUCAGGCACUAUCAAGAAACUGCAGCUAACCUACUGAAGUUGAAGGAUUGCUUGCAAUGGACAGGAAGCUUUCAUUUAUUGGAAUCUAUUGCUGAACAGAAUACAUAUAUUUCUACACUAAAUGAUGUAAAUGAGUAUGUUUUAAGCACUUGUGAGAAGUUGAAAGUAGUAUCUGCUGAAGAUAAAAAGAAUUGUUUACAUGAUCUAGUUGAAUCAUGGGAAAUUGUUCAAUGGAUAGCACAAGGCUUCACUGAUCUUCCUGACUUGCAAACUUUUAUUGAUGUGGCAUACACUUCUGGUACCAUUGCUGAUGAUGACCUUAAUAUUAAAAAGUUAAAUGCUCUCAGAUAUGUGGGCAACUCUGUUGCAAAUUUUAUUCCUGUGAUAAAAAAUAAUAGCCAAUCAAUACAGCAAUCAUUAGGUAGUGGUGGGGAUAACAACAGUGAUGAUCAGUCUAUGAAGCUUAUUCAGUUAUGUCAUAAUCUUUGGAUUUUUUUGGAAAGGAAAAAAGAGCUCCCUUCUCUCAUUAAAGAUUGUACUCAAAAUUUACAAUGGUUUAAAAAUAUUAAAGAUACACAUGGAGCUGUUGAAGUCAAUACUUUGGAAGAGUUGAAAAUUAUUCUUGCUAAAGGGGAGUUUUUUGUUGGGUGUGAAGUCAAGGAAGCUUGUUAUCAAAUAUCAGAUGUAGUAUAUUUACAAGUUGAUUCUGGUGGUUUUACAAAGCAAUAUGAUCUCGAGCAACUACAAGAUCUUGAGAGUCGUCUAGUGCUAUUUGCUGGGCAAUGUGCGGAAGUAUCAGAUGUACAGAGAUUUUUGAAUGUUUUCCAUACUAUUUGUAUAAUUGCUGAUAUGCUUAUUAAACUCCAUGAACUUGGUUGUGUUCAGUAUAUUGGUUGGCAGAGAAACUUUUCAUUCAGUCAAAGUGAGCUAACUUUAUUAGAGACAGAUCAGAGAUAUAUGUCUCAACAAUUGUCUCGCUGGAGUGAAGCUGUAGAUGCUGCUCGCAACCAGUAUCAUGUUCUUAAUAGUUUUACAAUGAAACAACUAUUGCACCUACGUAAAGAAUUGCAUCCUGUGUUUUCAGAUGAAGAUAUUUCCUUUUCAGUGACAAAGCAAACUUGUGCUCUUCUACAAUGCAUUCAUCCUUGUGUUGACCCUCAAGAUAUGAAUAACAUUUUAAAAGAAGCUUGGAAGCAAUCAGAUUGUCAUAUUAGUGAUGUCAGUGAAACAUCAAUUAUUAAUGCUGGGGAUUCAGUUAACAUUGAAUCUGAAGCUAGUGAUGUUACAGUUGAUGAGUUGGAAAAGGAGCUUUCUGAUGAUCAGCGACUUAUUUAUGUUGAACUUACAGAAAUUAAUGGGCUUGAUGAACUGUGGAGUUUAGCUGAAAUUAUAAGCAGGAAACAAAAUUCUACAGCUAUAAUGACUGAUGACAUUCUGAAACAUUUUGCUAGUCUUGAAGAUGAAGACCAGAAGCCAAAUACGGAUGAACUUAUGAAAAUUAUUUUAAGUAAUCGUAAAACUCAAGAAGAGCCAACAAGUGUUCAAAAGAUUUCAUCCGACACAGCUAAGAGAGAUAGUACUAUUGCUGAUCCAAAACAUUUAGAAAUGUUAGAUUUGGAAAUUCAUGGAUAUUUAAGUCUCACUAAUUUAAUGCAUGUUCUCACUAAUUAUAAUAUGAAUGCACAUCAAAAAAUAGAGCUUAUACCACGAAAUAGGCACUUAAGUGCAAUUGACUUUUAUCCUGGAUUUCCUAAUUUGUAUGUCACAUCAAGUGCUGAAAUCCUACAAACAGUGCUUAUGAUUUAUUCCAAAGACAAAGAAAUGCCUCUUCCAACUCAAGAAGAAGUAUUAAUUUGUAAUGAAAAGACAACUGCUGAAGAGGUAAUUUUGUUAUGGCGCAGGGCUAUUUUUGAUCCUGGACAUAAAAGAAUUUUUUGCUUAGUUCAUGGUGAAAAACUAUCAUACUCUACAUGUGAAGAAUCAUUGAGAGAACUUAACAGAUUGAAGCAGGGGAAAAAAGGCUAUCGUCUUGUAUUGUUAUGUAGUAAUAAUGAAGAUUCUCUUCAUUUUAUUACUGCAUUACAUUCUUACAAAAGGAGUAAUCCUGAUAUAUCAGGACCUAUUCUAAAAGAAUAUCUACUACAUCACCUUAUUAAGCCAAAGCAUACAAGUAUUGGUACAAUUUCUUCUGCUAUACAAGCAUCUUCUGUAGAUCCACAUUGUUCCUAUGUCCGUAUUGUUCAAUCUAAAAAUCCUGGGAAUGGAAAGUCAUUAUAUAUUCAGCGUUUAGGAGAAAGGCUGAUGAACUCAUUAAAUAUUGAAAUACCAAUAAUAAGAAUCCCUAUUCAUGGACCUGAUGUUCCUUAUAAUAAUAUUUUAAAUAAGCUUAGUGAUCUGACACAAGAUGAUACAAAAAUUAUUCACUUUGAUAUUGCAUCCACAAUGCUGAAAAAAGUGGAAAGUUUUUUGUUUUAUGUUCUUGUUUUGGGCUAUUUGAAAGAUCUUAGAGGAAAUACGUGGAGAAGGCAAAUUUCACAAAUGUAUACUAUUGAAGUUACUCUAUCUGACCGCCAAAAUCAUGAAGCUACUUACAAUUUGUUGCAUUUAUUUCCAAAAGCAUCGUGUUCAUCACCAAGUAAAUGUCGCUAUAGUAACAAGUCCAAUGCAUAUGAUGAAAAUACUGAGAUGGAUGAAAAUACUGGGAUGGAUGAAAAGAAACUUCAUUCCAAUGAAUAUCAGAGGGUUUAUCAGUAUUUGAAUCGGUAUCAGAGCAAUGAAAAUUUAGAUUCAUAUUCCUUUAAUAAGUAUGAUGUAAUGAAAAAUCCAAAAAGAUUCAUUCAAGUGAUAUUAAAUUCUGUUAGUAUAUUAAAGUCUUGGUCUGAAUUUGACAGUUUUGUGAAAUUUCUAAAUAUGCAACUACAAGCAGUUGAGAACUCAAUUUUUUGUGUAGCAUUGAGUUCUGGCUUUAAAAGUUUUGUCGUUAAAAUGAUGAUAGAAAUGUCUAAGGAAUUUACAGCUUCAAACAGUGCCUCUCCACUAAUUUCUCACCCUUGGAAUGAAAGUUGUCACCCUUACCUCUUUUUCAACAAAGAUCAAACAACAUUUACCUUUAUUGGAUUUUGCAUCAGUAAAGAGUGUCAUGCUAUUGAUCCUAGAACUGGGUCGUUAAUAUUACCUGAUGUAAUGUCUAAUGAAUUAAGGCAGCUAUUAAUUGUUCAACGCCUUGACAUGACUGAAAAUUAUUACAGAUGGAAUAAAGAUGUUCUUUUGCAAAAACUAGCCACAGUUAUUGGACUGAAAGACUACUACGAUCCAGAUCCAUCUUAUGUCAUUACUGUUGACAAUAUUAUGAAGAUGAUGGCAAUUUUAAUGCGCUUCCGUUCUGGCAUUCCUGUUGUUAUUAUGGGUGAAACUGGCUGUGGAAAGACAAGGUUACUUAAAUAUUUGUGCAAAAUAGCUUCACAAGAUGAUGAACAUGAAAAUGAUGUAGACUCAUGUAUUGUUGUACUGAAAGUUCAUGGUGGAACAACAAGUGAUGACAUUGAAAAAGCUGUGAGAAAAGCUGAAGAUUUAGCAGAAAAAACAUGUUUAAGAAGACUAGUAGCUUGUGACAGUAAAGAAUCUGUUCCUGUGUUUGGAACUGUAUUAUUCUUUGAUGAAGCCAACACAUCUGAGCAUAUCAACCUUAUUAAGGAAAUUAUGUGUGAUGGCUCUAUUUUUGGUAGAAAAAUUCACCGAGAUCUUAGAGUUGUGGCUGCAUGCAAUCCAUACAGAAAGCAUAGUAAAGUAAUGAUUAAGAGACUGGAAUCUGCUGGACUAGGAUUUUCCACCAAGUCUUCUCAAGCAUCACAUAUACUUGAACAAAUCCCUUUAAGGCAUUUGGUUUAUAGAGUUAAUGAAUUACCUCUUAGCAUGAAAUCUUUAAUAUUUGAUUUUGGUGGAAUACAGGAAAGUGCUGAACAACAAUACAUAAAGCAAAUUGUUGAGAUCAAAAUACAGCAUAGCUUGAAAAAGUAUGUAGAUUCAAUUAGUGAUGUUUUAUCAUGGUCUCAGAAUUUUAUGAGGAAUAAAGAGAGUGAAUGUAGCUUUGUUAGUCUACGAGAUAUUGAUAGAGCUGUGACUGUCUUUAUUUUUUUUCAUGAGUUACUAAAUGGUAGUGUUCUUACAAAGGAGAUUAAUUUGAAAGUGAAAAACCAUGAGCCUAUUGAAAAUAAAGUAACUAGAGCUCUUAUUUUUACAUUGGGUGUUUGUUAUCAUGCAAGGCUGGAGUCAAGAGAGGAAUUUGAAGAAAAUGUUUUACUUGUUUUUAAAAAGCCUAUUCAUGUAAAACAAAGUAAUGGAAAACAAAGUAAUGGUUCAGUAUUUCGUGAUGAAAUAAAAUGCUGCCAAGAGGUAUUUUUGGACAAUAUGAAAUUAGGAAGGAAUAUUGCCAGAAAUAAUGCUCUUCGAGAGAAUGUUUUUAUGAUGGUAGUUUGCAUUUCAUUACGAAUUCCACUAUUUCUUGUUGGUAAACCGGGAAGUUCAAAGUCAUUGGCAAAGUCUGUUAUUCUCAACUCAUUGAAAGGGCAAAAUUCAGAAUCUGAAUUCCUUAAAACUCUUAAAGAAGUUCAACUUUUUUCUUAUCAGUGCUCUCAGCUAUCAACAUCAGAAAGCAUUUUGAAACUAUUUUCUCAAGCGUCUAAUGUUCAGUCCACAUGGGACAAGUCUAAAUAUGUUGCAGUUGUUGUAUUAGAUGAAGUUGGCUUGGCUGAAGACUCUCCUAGUUUACCAUUAAAAGUAUUACAUCCACUUUUAGAGGAUGGAACUGAAGGCAAUAGUUACUCUGUAGAUGAAGUUAUUGAUCAAGAGGAGCGAGUAGGUUUUAUUGGAAUAUCAAACUGGGCAUUGGAUCCAGCUAAAAUGAAUCGUGGCAUUAUGAUCAUUCGUGGCGACCCAUCACAAGAAGAGCUGGAGCAAAGUGCCUUACAAAUAUGUUCAGAGGAAGGCAUGGAUAAAACCAUUGUAGAAUCACUGAAAUUGUAUUUCAAGUCAUUUGCUGAAGCCUAUCAGAAUGUAUUGAAGGAACAGAAGAAAAUGAGAGAAUUUUUUGGGUUGCGAGACUUUUAUAGCUUAGUCAAAAUGUUGUUCUGGAUGUGCAAGGCAGCAAAACAAGUACCAAAUGAAAAGCAGAUUCAACAUGUCAUUCUAAGAAAUUUCAGUGGAUUUCCCAUUGAUGCUGAAAUAGAUAUUAUUGAGCUCUUCAAUAAAAAACUCUGUCCUAGCCCACAUCCUGAUAAAAAUGAGAGUCGAAAAAAAUGCCGUGGCUUCCUUAAAGAGGAAUUUAAAGAAACUAUGUUUAAUGUUGUGUCAGAAAAUUUAUUUCAUGAUUUCAAGAACAUGCUUGAAAAAGAGCAGGAGGAACAAAUUUUAACGUCACAAGAUGUUAUAGAUCAUCAAAAGAUUGAAUUUAGUAAUUGUUAUCAGAAAGGUGACUUUAAAUACCCUGAAAUUAACGAAAAAUUUGAAAAAAUGGUUGACGAAUAUUGCAAUAAGAGGUUUGAUAAUGAACUAUGGCCAUUUAUUAUUAAUCCUGAUAACUCAGCCAGUGGAUUAGUUGUUUCAAGUUUGUUUAAUAAAGAAAGAACAAUACAUGGGGAAAGUCGCUAUUUGCUCUUUUUAACUGAAAAUUAUUCUGCUCUUCAAACUUUGCAACAUUUUCUUAGGGAUUCUUCUUUAAAACAGGAUAAACCUCCAUAUGUACUUUUUGGUAGUAGCUUUCCAAAGGAUAAAGAUUUUACACAAGUGUAUAGAAAUAUUAACAACAUUAAAGUUUGUAUGGAAACUGGAAGAACUGUUGUUUUGUUAAAUUUAGAUCAUUUAUACGAAAGUUUGUAUGAUGCAUUAAAUCAAUAUUAUGUAUACUUUGGAAACAUGAGAUUCGUUGAUUUAGGCCUCCAGAAUCAUCGUGUGAAGUGCCAUGUUCAUGAUAAUUUCAAGUUGAUAUUAAUUGCAGAAAAGGAAAAAGUUUAUCAAGAAUUUCCAACUGCAUUAAUUAAUAGGCUUGAAAAACACUUUGUUGUUACAUCUACCAUUCUUACAGAAGAACAGUUAAGUAUAGAGCAGAAACUAAAUGAAUGGAUACAGAAGUUUUGCACAGAAGGAUUUAAUAGAAAAUUUGAACCCUCUGAUUCGUUUAUUGGCUUUCAAACUGACACACCAGCAGCUGUAGUGUUUAAAGCAUCAAGAAUGAUGGAAAAAAAUGAUUUUGAAAAGCAAUUAGAUAAAUGCAAAUUUUUGCUGUUGGAAAUUGCAACUCCUGAUGCUCUUGUUCGCCUCAAACAAAGUGAAAAUAUUGAUGAAAAUGAAUUUCAAAAAAUAGCAUCAAUAUACAUUCAUGAGCAACACCAUCAGUCAUUACAAGAAUUCUUGUUAUAUCACAUAAAUAAAUCAUCAGAUAGGCAAGGUUGCAGGAUGCAGGUAACUACCUGUAAUGAUUUGUUGUCAGAAGAGGAAGUUGGGGAUAUUCACAAAACUUUAAAGUUAGAAGGUUCUGUUGAUGUCUGUAUUUUACAAGAGUUUGACACAGAAUUCGAAUUUUCAAGGAAAAUCAGGGAAUCAUUUCAAAAUAAUACAUCUCUUUUAAUAAUUCAAUGUGAUUCUGGCCACUUAAAUAGUGAUCUCCUUGCAUGUGCUAAAUACAGAGUGGAUGAUAUAUUUACUGACAUGAAUACUGGUGCAUUUAAUUCUAGUUUUGAAGCUGAGCGGCAAACAUCUUGUCAUAUUCUUUUUACAGUUCUGAUACCAAGAGAAAAUAGUAAAUCAUCAUUUGUCAGUUUUCUUGGAGGUGAUUGGAUCUGUUCUCAUAUUGAUGACUUCAGUCCUGAAUGGAACUAUUGUCCUGUUUCAUUAGCUCUUAGUGACACUUCUCUCAGCUUGCUUUUUCAUAAUCCUAAUAAAGAUUCCCUUCAUUGUGGCACCAUUGACCAUUGCAGGUUUCUAUACAAAAACAUAACAGAAGCUAUUUCAUUUCUGUUUCCUAAUUCAAAAUUUGAAGGAAGAAGUCAUGAUCUUAACAAUAUUCUGUACAGGUUGCUGAUGAUCAGUCCCUCUGUUAGCUGCAAUGAUGAUUUAUCUGAGGUAGAAAGCUCUGCAUCAGCAUUUUACAAUGAAACUGUGAAGUGUAUUUUUGAGCAAUUGAAACGAAAUGAAGUUGUGCACAAAAAUUGGGUUACUGAAGUUGCUUUGCAACCAGCAGAGUUACAGAAAGGAGGAGCCUUUGCGAAGGUUCUUCUACGGAGUCUUGAUAAAAUUGUUAAUGAAAUCCUGGCACAAAUUAUUUCUUUUACUGACAGGAAUUACAAUUUGAAACUAAUUGACCCUAGCAAUAGUUCUGUUCCACUUUGUGUCAGGAAUUUUUGGAUUUUGGCUUUUUCUGAACUUGUUAAAAAUCAUUUAGCAUCUUCCCCUUACAAAUUCGGAAAUGAGGUAUAUGACUAUCAUAGCAAGUUUCCCUUUUCAAAAGAGAUACAGUGUGGAAUUGAUGCCAUUUUAAACUUUCAAGGCCAGAGUUCGGAUUUGUCAAGUAGUAUUCCAGAUCACCUGUUGUUGACAUAUGACUUGCUCAGUAAAAUUGAUAUUACCAGUUUUGAUGAAAUGAAAGAACGAUAUAUUUAUGACCUUAUUCAGAUUAAAUGGUGUCAUACCUACAGGAAUGAUAAAAUAAAUAAAAGGAUAUUAGAUAUUAUUUCUAAUACCAUUAUGGAAUCUUUAGCACUACAUAAUUGGUCUGGUUCAGCAAAAUUUUUUGACGUAUUGAAAAAUGUUCACCAAGUUCUUGACCAAAAAAAGAAGGAGAUCAGUAAUUUUAAAGAAAUGGUAUUUUUCUUUCCCAGAACAUUAGAUAAACUGUUAUUAAAGAAAAAAUUACCUUUGAAUGUCUUGGCAGCUAUUGCUGCCUUGGAAGUACUUCAUGACGACCAUCAAUUUUUGCGUGGAUCACCGGCAGCUGCUGUCAGCAAAUUGCACCAAUUUUAUCAAGUGUCAAGUUUAAUUGAUACAGCUUUAUAUUCUUAUGAACUAGUGGAGUCAGAAAGUGAGGGAAGUAAUGAUAAUAGAGACUUGAUUGUUACUUCAAGGUUAAAGUGGCAUGGUCUUCAAGUGUUACACUUGUUUAUGGAACAUGUUGUAAAGGAUCACAUUCAAUACUUUGAUAAAUUAUUACAGUUCACCAACAGAAUUAGAACGUCAUUUGUUUCUAAACCUUGUGAUUUUACCAAAAAAGAUACGAUUAGAACUCUUGAACAAUACUUGUCACUAAUGUACAAGCAAUUUACUUCUACUCAUAGUCAAGAAGCUGAUAAUUUUUCUCAAAAUUGCAUUAAUUUUUAUGUCGCUGUCAUAUCAGAUAUUUGUAUGAAGUAUGGCCCACCUGAGGAUGAGUUGAUUGAUAAACUGAUUGAAACUGUGUUUUCAGUUUCAUCUGAAGAUGAAACCAUUGCUCAGACACGUGAACUAACACCUUUUUUAAAGCAAGAGAAAUUUAAUGACAGUGUACCAGUAGUUCGCUCAUUUAUUUUACAAAUUUUGCUAGACCACAACUAUAAUAAUGUAAGAAAACAUAUUGAGAAAUAUAUGGCAAAAGCCCAAAAUCUUGGAACAGAAAGUGAUGGUUUCUUAAAUUCACUGAAACUUACAUAUUGUCAACUUCAUGAGAAUUCCUUGUAUGGUUCUAUCAUAUCAAUGAAAAUUAUUCAAGACAUGUUAACUAAAAAUGAAAGCACUUUGAUUGGAGUAGAUGAGACAUCAUUUAGUCUACUAAAUAUUGAAACAAUUGCUUGUACUAGAUUUUUGCUGACACAUAUAUGUGAGUUUUUGGUCACCAAGUUAGAAGAAGUAAUAGAAAAUCAAGAACUUUGCUCAUCUGUUGAAAGAAUGUGUAAACGAAGUGACAUCAAUAGUGAAACUGCUGGACCCAAAAUAUUCCUCUUGAAAGUAUUGUACAGAAGAUGUGGAGAAAUGGGUGUUCAAAGGCUUUUAUGUAAACCUUCUUUUAGCUGGAUUUUGCCUGAAAGAAUUUUUGGUCAUGAUAAAUCAGUUCAUUUAAUGGACUACUUUUCAUUAUAUGGCUCAAAGUAUUGCAGCGUAAGGCAUUUAUUGAUUGAUAUAAUGUCUAAUAAAGGAGACCUCAAGCAAUCACUUGAUUCUUUAAAAGUUGAAAUAUCAACAAAUCCUUUUUUGUUUGCAUUAGCCAUAUUUAUGGAAGUGACUUUGACAUUUUCCAAGACAAAUGGAGCAGCAAUUUCAAUAAAUAUCAUGCAAGAAUUAAGGAAAUUUGCAAGGAACCAACCAUGUCUCCAUAAUUUACAAGAACUAACAAUUGCUCUCAUUGACAAUCAAUUUUGUGCUCAAGGAGCAGUUGAACAAUUGUUUGUUCAACCUGAACGAAGCACUGAAGAUUUAAAUUUUACUGCAGUUGUAGUACACAUAGCAACAGGAAUUAUUUCAAAGAAAAAUUGUAACUUACUAUCUUUCUUUUAUGAUAUUAUAGCUGACCCUGAGAAGUUAAAAAGCAUUUAUGUUCCUGCUAUGCCUGAAGACUUUGUUGGGCAGGCAAGACGAAUAUUUCGUGGCCAGUUUUAUGUUUGUCCAAAUGGUCAUUCUUACAUGGUUACUGAGUGUGGCUCACCUGUAGUAGAAGCAUUUUGUUCAGGAUGUGAGAAGAUGGGAAUUAAAACUACUAUUGGAGGCUUAAACCAUAAAUUAAGGGAAGAUAACAAAAUAAGAGGUGAACCUAUUCAAACAGGAUAUCUUCUUGGAACUCCUAUAUCAUCACCAGCAAUUCCUGAGAGAUCACUGAGUCCAACUGCUUGUACUAUACUUAAAAUAUUGCUACAUUCUACUUUACUUUGGACUUGUUGCUCAAAAAGUCACUUGAUAAAAUCUAUUCACCAAAUCAUGACACAUGAUGAUGUUCCUCCUGACAGUUUACCAAAAUUUUUUUGGCAACAUCUUUUAAUGAAUUUUGAAAGCCUGUGUGAAGCAUUAUCCAUUGGUCUUGAUGAUGCCAUUCUUCUCAUUCAUAUAAUAAUGGUUAAAAUCACUAUGGAUACAAGAGAAUUUUCUGUCAAUAAAUUAUUGACAUCAGAAAAUAGGCAAAAAUGGGAAAAAGAUUUCAAUAGUGCUUACAUACAACCUGUUCUAAAAGAAAUGCACAAGAAUAUUACAGAUUCAAGAGAAGUGAUAAUGAAAGAUGAUCAUUCAAAUCAUCCAAAGUUAUUAGAUUUUGUUUAUGAAAGAAAUAUACAUAAUCCAAGCAUGAUUCAUCACUUGUGGAAAUAUAGACCUGCAGUUACAUUGGAGUAUCUUAGUCAGCAAAUUGAAGCUAGAGAACUUACUGAUACUUACCCAGCCUUGUCGUUUUUUCUACGAGAGGAAGUAUGCCUUAGAGCUACUAAAUUCUUGCCAGCAAUUGCUAAAUUACAGGGGUCCUUAUAUAGCAUUCAUCACUACCGAUCAAGUCGAGAAGAGUUAUUGAAACUUACUAUUAGAGACUUUUUAAAUGGCGCACAAGCUGAAGAAAAAGAGACAUUAGCGGAACUAAUACAUGAGUUAAGGCAAGCAUGGAAUCUAGUCCGAGGACGACUUCAAUCACAAAAACUACUUUCUGAUGAAUGUAUUAACACUACUUUUGUUGAUGACACUACCUUGAUUCAUCUACUGCCUCGUAGUGAUUGCUGUACAACAGCUCUUGUUAACUUUUUAGUAACAAUACAUAACCAGUUUGUCAAUAUUUGUUUAAAAUUUACUCGUGAAAUGCACUCCUUUGCAAAAACCUGGAGAUCUUAUCGAGGUGACCGAAGAGUUGAUUUAAAAAAUCUCCACAAAUCACAGCUUUUGAAUUAUGACGACAAAUUAAAAGCUAUCAUAUUACGAAAUUGUCACUAUUCCUUGACUGUUGGGAAUAGUCAAACAGAUGUUGAGUAUAAUUUUGCAGCUCUUGAAAAACAGCUUUUAAACGAAUUUGUAUAUGGAAAGCCUCUGAUAAAAAAUGACAUUUGCUUUGCAGAAUAUAGAAAAGAUGUUUAUACUGGAGAAAAAUUUGAUAAAAUAGAAAAGAAAGUUAAACCAACAAUUCCAUUGCAAGAUGAUGCCAAAAAUGAGCUGGCUUCUAAGCUAAACUCUAUUCGUCAUUUAAGGGAGGCUUUGGACCACUUAGAAAUAGUGAUGGGAUUUUUAGCUGCAGGAGGUGAAGAAAAUGGUAAUAUGCUAAUAGCUAAGUAUGCUGAGCUGCUAAACAUUAAGAGCUUUAAUACUACAAUUGGAGGCCACUGUUUGGGACAGAUUCAAUCUUUGUGGAAAGUGGUCUCACUCAAUCUAGCAAUUGAGCUCACUAUUACUAAUGAGGCACCUUUUAGUGUGUUGUCUUGUUUUUGUAAACCAAUUGAGACUGAAGAAUUAAAAGCUCUUGAUGAGAAGUUGCAGCAAGUUAAUUUGGAUGUUGUUUUGAGUGCACUAAAUGAGUUUAUUGAAGUUCAUGUGAGAAAUGCUCAGGAAAAUGAAUCUAAUUGGAAGAUUGGUGAAUGUAUAGAAGGAUAUUUUGGAGUAUUUCCUGAAAAUUUAAAACAAGAGUUUGAAGUGAUUGAAACAAUUUCAAUGGAGCAUAUCAUUGCUGUGUGGAAAAAACUUGUGACUUACCAAAGACAUCACAAAAAUAGUACAGCAUAGUGCUGUGGUGUGUUUGUUAUAGAUAGACUAAUUUAGAUCUAGUAGUAGUAAUAAUUAUUUUAAAAAUUUGAUUUGGUCCUUGAGAGAAAAA